GGGUGUUCAUGGUUCGGGUGCUUUGGAAAGUACUUGGCAGGCUUCCCACCCAGCUCACUGCGUCACCAUUUGCCACCGCGGCUCAGAGCCUGGAGGCGCCUUCCUUAGGAAGGCGCCUGUGAGCAGAACUGGUGCUCCCCAGGCUGAUGCCUUUGCGGCAAUGAGCCGGACAAGAUGCCCCUAGGGCAAUGGUCUGGGCACAUCUGGCACUUCGAGGGCGAGUUCGAGCCCUCGCGAAGUUCGACCCCACAGCCACGGCGUACGCCGACCCCACUGCCCAGCCGGCCAAGCACCCGAAGCCCUGCAAGCCCUUUGCAGUGGGCUCCCUCACGGUGCUCUACCCGAUGCACGACUCGUGCCGAAUCUCGUUUGUCCAACCGUGGGAAGCAUGGCAGCUAUCUCGAGCGAGCGCAGACACCCAGCUUUGAGCGACCAGCAUCGAGGUCAUUCGACAAGCUUGACAGCGAUGAAGAGGAUGUCCUGCUGGCGAAGCAGGCAAAGACUAUCCAUCAGUGGUCCUGCUCUACACAGGCUGAGGAAAGCUACUCCUUGCCGCUGGGCUCCUCGACACGGAGAAGCUCCUUGAGCUGGGAGGAGACUGCCCUGGACAAGCGCAUCCUCUCGCUGUAUGAAGCCUCAGUGGAAUUGGCAGAGGUGGGCAUUAGCACUGUGAUGGUGCCAAACAUCGCCAACCGCUUUUCGGAGGCCAUCGAUUCCAUCAACAAAGCAGAGACUGAUGAGGAUGAUGACCCAGCCCAUGCGCAAUUGUUCACGGAAGCACUGCAGGCGUACAUGAUUUAUGGCAAGAUGGAGUGCAUUGUGUGUGAGAUGGAGUGCCUCGUCCACGAGGUGGUCAAGGUGCUGGACCAAGACAGCAACAGCCAUGGCUUGGACCUGCUCACGGGCAGAGCGAUCGGCACGGAGUUGACCUCUGAUGCGGAUGAGACGAAGACAAAUAUGAUCAUGGAGCGGGUUUUCAAGUUGCUUGCUGCGCUGAGCGAGGAAGCCAAGAGCUUCAAUUAUACUGCCUGGCUGCAUGCGAUGCGGGACGACGAUGACGCAGUCACUGAAAUUGUGGAUGAGUUCAAUCAGCAUAAGCAGGAGAUUCGGAAAAUCCUGAUGAUUUGCUACGUGGAGGCCGGCGAGUUUCUGAACAGCCGCUUGCUCGUAGCAGCGGUGACGUUCAGCAAGUGGUUUGAGAAGAUGAGGAAGGCAGCCGAGCAGUUUGAGGAGUUUGUCCUCAAGCAAUGUGCUGAAGAAGGCUUUGCUUCAGCUGCAGACAUGCGAAAGAUGAUGCAGAAGAACGCGGAGGAAAGGAAGAAGCUUACAGCACGGCUGGCGGAAGUGCGGGACGGCUGCAAGCGCCAGGCGUUGGACAGCCACGGCAAGCGCUUCGACGCACAAGCGGCAUUAAGGAAAGAGCGGGAAGAAGAGAAGGAGUCGGAGGGCAAAGAUGGCGUAAUCCAAAACCGCAAGCGACUUCGUGAGGCGAGCACCAUGCCGCUUUCCGGGGCUGCCACGACGCCGUCGCCCGGCCGGCGUGCCUCCCUGAGUAGCAAGAGGAGCAGCCACAUGGAAGAGCAGAUCUCCAACUUCAUGCGCUCAGCUAGAGGGCACUUAGACCAGCUUCAGGCGUUGGACCACGAACACCGAGAGAAGGAGCAGAAGGCCUCUGACUUGCUGAUGAAGAUGAUCUGCAAAAGCCGGGUCCUGGAGCGCAUGAAGCUGCGCCAUGAGGCCAGCAGCGUGCUGCAGCGUGUAAAUGCGCUGAUGCCUGGCCGCAUCGUGGCAACGCAUGGCCACAGACAGCGCCCGGAACAUGAGGACUUCAGCUGCACAAGCUCCCUAUUGCAGCAGACGGCCAUCUGCAAGGAGCUGAACAGCCUUACGGUUUCCGUGGACUUGAAAGACAUUUGGACCGGCGCCGAGGGGCAGUACCUCAUGAAACCGAAGGCCAAAACAAAGUCGAAGCUCAACAAGAAGAAAACCUCGUCCUUGAAGGAAGAUCGCCGGCUGAAGGCAGCCAAAGAGAAAUCAGGAGCCAUGUGGAAGAUCGCCCGGGCCUCCAUCGCGGCGGGCAGCGCCAUCAGCGCCAUCCAGGGCCUGCAGCUGGUGCGCGAGGAGUCACUGAAACGAGAAGAGCAAGAGAAGAAGCAGGAAGAGGAGUUGGAAGCGGAAGAGCUGGAGGAGGAACCAGAACACGACGAAGACGACUUGUUCAACUUCCCACCCCACUUUUCCUUGGUCGACGUGCAGCUGCUGCUGAGCGAUGCGGCGGUCCAGCGCACCGAGACGCUGCGGGAGUUGCGCCGGGAGCUCUCACAGCUGGUGGCGGCUUUGGCGGUGAAGUACGGGGAAUCCUGGGAGUACAACGCUCUGAACCUGGAAGCCCACUCCAACCUCAACCCUUGGGCGUUGCUGGUGCCCGAGAUGGAAAAAGAGAUGAAGAGCCUGGGGGAGAAUGGCAGGUUUUUCCUGUCCCGCACUGAUGCGGCGCAGCUGCAGGACAUGCUGCGGUCUAUGCGCACGGUAAAGUCCCAGCUGGUUGUGGAAGCCACCAGGAAGAAGUGCGACUCGACAAUGGUGGACGAUGAAGACAGGUGGGGCUUCCUCUCAGAGGCAGCUAUUCGAGGACUUUUGGAUCAGCUCAUCAACCUUCACAAGAUGUUGAAUGAUCGCAAGCAGAAAGCAGCCAAGCUGGACAUCCGAGCGGAGCUCACGCAGGAACUGGCGCAGCUCCACCCUGAGCUGCGCAGCGGCUACGGCCUGGCGCAGAAGCGGCGCCGGUCGUUGGCACUGAAGGAGGCUGCAGCGAAAGAGGAGGAGGAGGAGAUAGAGGAGCCGGAGGAAACCGGAAACGCAAUCAAGGCCUUCAUGAAUGCCUUGAAGUUCAAGAGCAAGAUCGCGGAGGCCCGCGACGCCAGGAAGUUGGAAGAGACCAAGAACCAGAUCGUCACUGCCCUUGCCGAUGUCCGCAAGUUGAUGGAGGAGGACGAGCAGAUGAAACAAACGCUGGAUGAGGAGAGGCAGCUGGCACAGCAGCAGGUGCAGCAGCUGCGGAGGUUCAUCGCAGGGGUGGAGAACAACAAGCGGGCGACGGAGGAACUCUGCAGCCUACAGGCGGCCAAAGCCUAUGGGAAGCGAAAAGGGGGAGAAGUGUCCAAAGGAGCCAGCAGCCGUCGACCAUCGCAAGACAGUCGUGGUUCAUCACGCGACAGUCGUCGACACUCGCGUGACAGUCGUCAACCAUCACGCGAACAAGGCGGCAACAGAAGCCCGUCGCGCGCGAAGGCUUCCAAGUCCGGCUCGCGCGGAGCGCGGAGCAGAAGCCCUCGCAAGAACGGAUGGCUGGGCAAAGCUCAGAUGGCCUCGGCGGCGUUGGUCUCGCCGAGGAACACCGGCAAGGCGAAAGAUGGCCCGGCGGGCGGGGCAAAGGAGAAGAAGACGUCGCCGAACCCGCUGGACAAGAUCUUUACCGCGACCAUCAAGCAGCGCCUGGAGAAUGCCACGGACAAAUCGGCGGCAGCGAUCUUCAAAAAGUCGCUCAACGAGGCGGAGAAGGCAAUGCAGAUCACGGACCGCAUCCUGCAGACCAAGCGAGCAGACCUCCACACCAUUGUCAAGCUGGCCCUGCUGAAGCACGGCAUCAAAACAACUCACCGGGUGCAGUCUGCCAAGGAGCAGCAUGAACGCUGGGAUGGCGAAGUGGCCUACCUCGAUGACAAGCUAAAACGCGUGACCAGCGUGGAAUCUUUCUGGCAGAUGCGGCAUGAUGCGUGGCUCACCCAGAUUGGUACCCUGUUUAGCCCCAGUGUCUUUGAGACCUUUGUGGACAACGAGCGCUUUGAGGAUCGGGACAGCUGGUCCCAACGCAUGCAGGACGUCCUGCGGGAUGCCCUGGAGCGCAUGCGCGAGGAGAACGCGCCCCCACCCGUAGACGUGAGCCACCACAUCGAGGCACCGCCAGAGCAGGAUGAGAAGGAGAUUCAGCUGCGGCAGGGCUCAGCUCGAAUGGCUGAGCUGUUGUGGCGCAAGCCAACUGCUGGCAAACUCGAAGAUGAGGAGGAGGAGUAUGUCUUCCCUGGUGAGGUGGUACAGCUCCCUCCUGAACCGGAGUGGCGUCCGCCGCGGCCCUUCUCCCGGGCAUCCUCCAAGAAGAAAGUCCGAGGUGCACCAAACGGGAUGGGCUUCAAGCUGCGUCUACCAGCGCCGAUGCUGUCCUUGCCGGCGGCUACUGCUCCCCGCGUCUCAAAGCAGCUUCCUGCUUGGCUGACAGCUUCAUAUCAGAAGCGGGCUUCCCCCCUUCCUGCGAUUGAGUAUGAGGUCAGCCAGGAGAGCCAGGAGACGGAGCCUCGGCUUGGCCAGGGCCACAUCGCGGCAGUGCGGCGCAGGAGUGUGGCCCCCUGGCUGGAGUCCCUGGAUUGGAUCGAAGAUGCUUCCUACCGGGCAGCCCUGAAGUCGCUGCAGAAGCAGUUCCAGCGCGGAAAGACCCAAGAUGCUGAUCUUUGGGGCUUGCCCGAGUCUUUGGCACGACCGGAUCAGCGCCGCGUUCCCCACAUCCUGCAGGUCAUGGCAGAGAGGAAAGUCAGCAAGCACAUGGCGGUGUGGAAGGGGCGUCGUUCUGAUUACAACACCUCUGAGCUUCUUCCGCAUCUUGAACGACGGGGCUCCGUGCAAGACCUGCGCCGGGGACGGUCUCGCAUCGAGGACCAAUCCGGCGGCUUGGACUGCGUCCUGACCAGCAUGGGUUUGCAAGUGAGAGGCGUUCGGCAGCGGCGCUUGGUGCCAGACCCAUCUGCCACCACGAUUGGCACGGAAGCCACGACCACAGAGGCGGGGGACGCGCCUCCCAUCCGCCAGCUGCGCCGCUUCCGGCGCAGACUGCUGCGCCGCUUCGCCGGUGCGGCGGAGGCCUUUGUGCACACCAUCCCCUCGCCCAUCGUUCCCAUGGACUACCAGAAUUUUUGCCGGCUGGCUGCGCACAUCAGUUUCGAGGCAGAGCACUGCAGGACGGUUUGGCAACAGCUUUGCCAUCAGCUGGACCUUUCAGAUGCUGAGGCUAUGGGCAAGGCCACCUUUGCAAGGGCCAUGGCCUAUGCCGCACCUAUGCGGGACUUUGUGUCUUUGAGAAUCCGUCUUCAGAUGCGCUUCGGCUCGCUGUCCAAAGCCUUUGAGCAUGUUGGCAAGAGGUACCUGGAAGAGGCAGAUCUGGCAGAUUUGCUGAGCUCUGUGGGCGGCACUCUGGCAGAGGCGCGCAGGUUCUUCGCCAUGAUGCUUGUGCACAGCAUCGGCAGCCGGGAGACCAGUCAGGUUGGCCGCCGCACCUUCCUGUUAACCCUGCGGUAUGCAGAGGGCCUGGCGGCUGCGCGGCGCCUUGGCAAGGCAUUGGAGCUGGCGCCCAUCGGCUGCAACGAACAGCAGGAGGAAGCGGCUGCCUUCCGCUGCGCAGUGGGGCUGGCCAGAAGGACAUCCAAGUUGAAGUCGCUGCCGUUGGACGAGCAGGCAAUCACUGCUGUGGACUUGUUCCGAGUGCUGCCGUUGCUGUCCCAGGGCCACUGGGAUCAGCUGCUGCGCCUCACCCGCGCGCGGCGGCGCCUGCUGCGAAUGGAGGUGGAAGGAGAGAUUCGCUUAGAGGAGGUCAUGGUCACGGCCAUCGCAGGGCUGGGUCAGCGCUCCCUCACCCUGAUCUUAGAGCUGGGGCAGGAUUAUUGCGAGGACAACGUGCGUGAGAGGAAGAACAGCCAGCUGCUGUUCCGGCACAAACACUAUGUGCCACUCGCGCAGUCCUACGGCUACGGGUCCAUGGGCCUCGCCAAGCGCCUGCGGAAGAGCAUGGCCGUCUCCGUGGCGGAGGCGGCGCGGAAGCUACAGCAAGGCGAUGACCACGAUGGUGCCAGCACACUGGUGGCCAUCGUUGGAAUGCGGCCUCCUAGCCACCGGAGCAGCAGCAGCGACGAGGACUUGCAGGACUUCUCCCGCUCAACCUCCCGCAGCCGCUCACGAGCUGCCUCUUCCCACGCUGCCUCUCGCGCUGCCUCUCGUGCUGCCUCCCGUGCCCGGGUUUCGCCGCCACCCUCCCGGCCAUUGUCCGGGCGCCACCUGCUCUGAGGAAACCAGAGCUGACUUCAACAGGGGCCGACCCUGGAUGAAAUCAGACCUAGAGGAACUCCUGCAAUGGGAAGCAUCCCCUCUUUGAGACAUUCCAGUUUGCCUCCAUGUUCCAUUGAGAUUUGUGCUGCGUUGUUUGAGCAUGCAAGUUUGUGGAGCAGGCUUUGAGCGAGCGCACGCCAACCGCAGACUUUGAAGGAGCACGGACACCACAGCCCAUUGAGGUGCUAGAUGGAGAGGCCACUUGGGAUCCGAGUUGUCCA